AUGACGCUUAAAGGGGGCACCAGCCAAGCUUGCGCCGCGUGCAAGUACCAGAGAAGGAGGUGCACGCCUGACUGCGCGCUUGCGCCAUACUUCCCGGCUGAUCAACCUAAGACAUUCCAGAAUGCCCACAGGCUGUUUGGGGUGAGCAAUAUUUUGAAGAUACUGAAACCCCUUGAUGCCAGCCAGAAGUUAAUAGCCAUGAAGUCCAUCAUCUACCAAGCCAAUAUUCGAGAUAAGUAUCCAGUUCACGGAUGCUUAGGGAUAAUUGAACAACUAUGCUACCAAAUCCGUGUGGCAGAGGAGGAACUGCAAGCUGUUCAUGCACAACUGGCGUUUUGUCGACAGCAACAACAACAAGAGAUUUCUGUCGUAAACGAUUCUCUGUCACAGUUACAAUUGGGAAUGGCACCUCCAAGCAAUGCUUUGACACUCUUUCAUCAAGAUGCACCAAAACAAUACAAUCCUGUCACCACAUUACCAAUUGGAUCACAUCCUUCUUACUCUAAUGGAGGAGGCAACGGUGGCUAUAAUAGCAAUGGCUACCUGGAAAACAAGGACAAUAAUCCUGUAAACUCUUUCUGGAUGCAACAGCCGUAUAGCAACAGUAGUAAUAAUAGCAAUCAAACGAUAAUGCAAUCUCAGUUGAUUAGUUCGCAGCCACUGACAAUUCAAUCAGAAGGGACUCAAGAUUAUGAUGAAAUGCAACCAUUCUUCGAUACACUAGAUGAUAGACAGUCAUACAUAGAUUCCAAGGAAGCCUAUGAAUCAAGCUCGGAAUCAUCACUGAAAGAUACAACCCAAUCUGUUGAGCAUGUAGCAGAGAAUGACUUAAAGAGUGCUGCAGCAUGUUUCAGUCUCACCAGUGUUAAUUAG